ACAGAUAGAAGGCAGUGUGUUGAGGCUCUGCAGGCAGGAGGUGUUUGAAGAACCAUGUCAGCUCCUCCAGUGAUGUCAAGAAGAAUCCCUUUCGCUUUUAUUCGAUGUUUGCCUCCAAAACAGUUGUGAACAUGCACGCUGUAAUAACUCAUUCUCACUGCAGGGAACUUUUUUUCACGAGCAAAGCAUCGGACUUAAGUGUGGAUUUGUUCCAAGUUUUCCUCGCUGCCCGACAGAACUGAUGAAACCCUCUUCAGAGCGACGGGUUUAUGGACUCGCGUAUUAGCUAAUGAUGUCUAUGGGUUUCAUGCCUGACAGUCUGAAUGCCUCAGAUCCCUCCAAAUCGGCCUUCCUAGAAUUUGGCCACGGACAUCCGGCACACCAGCAGCACUCCCCCGGACUCUCUCACAUUUACCCCGUUCAUGGCUUGCAUGCUGCUGGGCAUUCCCAGCACGAAAGUUCUUUUCCUGGCAGCGCGACCUAUGGCCGCUCUUUUGGCUACGCCUACCCCGGCGCGGUAAGCACUCAUGCCCCGUCUGCUUACAUGUCCUACCAGCACAGCAACAGCAGCAGUCUGGCCCACAGCAGAUUAGAGCACACAGGUCGCGAAAAGUCCACGGUGAUUGAAAGCAGGGACAUUCGUCUAAAUGGUAAAGGGAAGAAAAUCCGGAAGCCUCGGACCAUCUAUUCCAGUCUUCAGCUGCAGGCUCUGCACCAGCGCUUCCAGCAGACCCAGUACCUGGCCUUACCGGAGCGCGCCGAUCUGGCGGCCAAACUGGGACUCACCCAGACUCAGGUUAAAAUAUGGUUUCAGAAUAAGCGCUCCAAGUAUAAAAAGAUCAUGAAGCAUGGCAGCGGAUCAGAGGGAGAACAUCUCCACAGCACUAGCUCCAUCUCGCCCUGCUCCCCCGGGCUGCCCCAGCUUUGGGACGUCUCCAUGGCGAACAAAGGAGCCCAAAUGCACCCAAACAAUUACAUGAACAGUUUUGGUCACUGGUAUCCAAACCACCACCACCCUCCUCACCAGGACGCGGUGCCCAGGGCUCAGAUGAUGUGAGUGGGUUGUUUCGUGCGGGCCAGGCGCUCGGCCUAUGAAGCGCACUUCACACUGAACUCGCUGGUUUCUCUCGAGGCCUCCUCUCAGAACUGAAUUGUGUUUAAAUAGUGUGUUUGAUAGAUCUUGUUCAUAUAUGUAUUAGAUUUGUUAUAAUGUCACUGCAUCUUCUGGUGCACGGCUUCGACUCUCUGAAAUAUGGACUUAGUGUGUGUGCAGUUUAUCAAGAGACUCUGGAUAGAGGCAUUUAAAAUAUAGUGUGUGCAUGGGUCUACUUUAUUAGCAAAGGCGUUUCAGGUGGUCCAGAAUUCUGCAAAUAAAUAGCUGUUGGAUGGACAUUAUUGUGAUUAAUCUUUUGUGUGACGUGUUUGUUUUGGUUGCAGCUUUUAUCAGGGAAAUGUUUUUACUGUCAAAUAUAUACGUGUAAGUAAGUAAAUGGACGUGUGAUUUUAUCCAUCAAACUGUUAAAGAGCCGGUGAAUUACAGAAGUCUAAAUUAAUGACAACUGCAUUCAUCUGCAAGACUCCUGAACAAAAGCGUAAAGGCGUCCAUGAGCUGUGGAUAAAGUACAGUAUCUCGCCCGGCUACUGUAAUGUGCAGAGUUCUGUUAACCACCCACAGCUCAGUCCGUGAGAUAAUUCAUAGCUGGGACAUCAGCUGUCUUUUGUCCGUCAACACUCCUGCUGAUGGACGAAAAUCUGCUUGGAUACAUUCCAGUCAUGUUUGAAAAAAAACACCUGCGGAUUGAUUCAUGAUUAAAAGUUAAAAAUAAAUAAAUA